AUGCUCGUAAUUACAGAAAACACAUUCGAAAAAACCAACAACCCAAAGUAUCGAAGAGGGAGCAAAGUGCCAAUCAAAAGAAACAACUCCCAAGUGAAAGUCAUAUCCAACAGAAUCACCCCAUAUUGUGGAGACAUAACAAAAAGCAAAAGGGAGUUAAUAAAAACACGUAAGUUCAUAAAGGAAAGUGAUAAGUUUAAGUACCACUAUCUAUAUGCAAGGAAACAUUUAUACAAUGGAAAAUAUGCAAGGAAAAUAAAACUUGUUUCCCUAGAAAAAACAAAAAAUUUAAACCAUUUGGAAAAGUUCUCCAAAAGUAGAAGGAAAAAAUAUCAAGUCAUAGCAAGGAGAGUUAACUAUAAUGUUAUCUUAAAAAAUUCGUAUAUAAAAAAUGUUCCAUAUGGAACAAAUUCCUUUUUAGUACAUUUAAAAGGCAAGAGAAGGAAAGGCCACAUUAAGAGAAGCGCUCGAAAGGAUUGCUUAAAUGUCCGGGAAGUUGCUUUGGAGAAAGCUAAAGAUAUAGGCGAGAGACAGGCCACCAGUCUGCAUCCACAAAGGGACGCGUUUCACUUUAAGGUAAAAACAAAUCGUCACCAUGUAGCUAGCCAAAAUGUCGCAAAAAAUGAACAGUUUCAUGAUGUAGAAGCAAAUAGUGCAAAUGUAGAUGGCGUAAUUGCGAAUAAUUCCGUGUUAGACAUGCUAACCGUGGUCGUGAACAGGGAGAGGCAACAUCCCAAUUGGCAUCUAAAUAGGCAUCCAACCGGGAAGGCACUUUUCAACACAUGUAACAUGCGAACAUUAACAACAAAUAGUUUAAUAGAUUCCAUUAUUAGUUUAUCAAACGAGCUGAAUAAGACAAGCGAGAAAAAAGAGGACUCCAAAGAUGAGUAUGACAAAAGUGUACUGCACUAUGUAAACAAAAUUUUGAGUGACCACAAUUUCCACUACGACAUCGUUAGUAGUGUAAAUAAGAACGAAAUAGAGGAGUUAAAAAGGAAAGUAAAAAAAUACAAUGACAUACCAAAAUUUUAUUUUAGAAAACUAUUUAAGCAUAUAGGGGAGAAAAACGAAAACAGUCGUACAUGUGGGAAUUAUUUGCAUACCACACAUUGUUGUAAUAGUGAUUAUGAUGUUAAUUACGAUGAUAGAGGCAGAUCGGAUAGUUGUAAGAGGGGGAAUAAUGAACACAUACAUGAUGAGAAAAAAGAUAGAAAACAAAAAGCCCCUUCCCCUUCAUUUUACACAUACCAACGCUACCAUUCGGAUAAUUAUUUUUCAGAAAAGCUAAAAAAAAAAAAGAAAAAGAAGAUUCACGUUUAUCAGCCUGUCAACCCUGUUGAGCGUGCAAAUUUGAGCAAACAAAAGGGGAGUAACUAUUUCAUGAGAAGGAUAGGGACAAGUAAGCACUUUACCAAUUUGAAGCCCCCUUUGAAUCACCAAAACGUGGGAGAGAGGGGUGACCACGCCAAAGUGGGGAAUGCAUCUAGGAAGGAAGGAGUAGUAGAGAAGAACACACAUGUGGGGGGAAGAGCAGUCAUCAGUAAUCAUGUUAACGCCAGUGCUACUAUCACAACCCCUUGCAACCAAAUGAAGCACCGGAAUAAUCAGGGGAAAGAGAAAACAUUGUUGUGUGUGACGAGUGCACCAAAUGAUCAUAAAAAUAAUUUCCAUUCGGACAGCAACCCCCUACACUGCGUCAAAAAAUGCACGUCUACUUUUACAGACCCGAAGAAGCAUAUCCUUAAAAGAGAGAACCAUUUGGACCAUAAGUUGGAGGACUGCUCGUCAAUAGAAAACACCCACUCAGGUAAAUCUCCCAAGAUAGAGAAAGGGAUUCGCCAAAUAAAUUUAAAAAACGAAAAGUGGACAGCGUGCAUUGUGCAAAAAAAAUUGAGUGUCCACGAAAAUGUGCUUCAGUACAGUGGGAAAAAGAAGCUGCACGAAAGAACAUAUAAUUUAAGCAGCUUCAAGUUUUCUGAAAAUGCGGAUAGUAGUUGUAUGCUUUCGCAUGUAGCCAAUGCGAGUAUUGCCCCUAGUGUUAUGAGUAACGCUACUGGUACGCUUAGGAAAAAUUCCUUCGAAGGGGUCCCAGGCGCUGUUACGCAGUAUGCACCGGUUCGUAUUAAUAGCACUGAUCCUAUUAGAAACGAUGAGUGGAUAUGUAACACUAGUGAGACGCAGAAUGCUCGGAGUGGCAUCCCAAGUGGCAGAGAAAAAAAGGACAAUCGUAGUUGUAGCUGUGGCACUUCCUCGAACAUGCACAACGAGUGCACUUUUAAGCUGAACAAUGUUAAGAGAAAUGAUUCGUUCGUCAACUCCACCGACGCCAAUGCCAGUGACAACGUAUAUUUUAGUGCAGACAAUCAGAGUAAUCACACCAUGAGUAGCUUCCACAGGAACAAUAUACAGUGCAUGAGCAGUUGGUAUCGCAGUUUUUUCAAAAGCAGCUACAAGGAGCAGGGUAUUAUUUCUACCUUCAGCAGUUCAUUCAGUAGGCAUGUUAAUGAUAGAUGUGGCGUUACACCACCGGUAGGAAUCCCUAACCGGGGAGGUGCACCCCAAGGCAAAGAGAACAACGAUGAUAAUUCGGCCAUUCCUAUUAUCCCUUUUCAGCGAAGCGUCAGGACCAAAACUGUAGACGCUAACGCUGGUGCUGAAAGGGACAAUACGGGAGAUAAGCAGAACAUAAGAAGAGAACCCCCCGAAUUGGGAAUAAACAAUUUGGAGGACCAGAAAAGUCUCAGAUCAAGCGUAAACUCGCUCACCAGCGCGGAAUUGAUAAAAACGCCCAUCGUAUCAAAUAUACAGAACAGCCAUUUUGAGGGGAUCCCCAAGAUAAGCGAAAACGACAGCACCUCCUUCUGCAUCUUCAAGAGGAAACACAGAAGGGAAAAACCCUCAAGUAAGACCCCCCUAAUUGUAGACAUUCCGAAUUUUCGCAACACAACUAAUGACAUUGAUUUAUUAGCAAAAGGUAGAAACAGGGUAAACAUUUUUGGAUACAAUUGUAGAGACAAAAAAAUGAAUAACAAUGAUGAUCACAAUUUUUUGGUUGAAGAAUGUUUGAAGAAAUGUUUGAAAGAAAAUGCAUCAAAAUUUAGAACGAAUGAAGAUUAUGAAAGGUACUGCAAUGAAGACAAGAUCCUAAAUCCGGAUUACAUUCCGCAAGAAUCGAAAAGACUUGGUGAGAAAUUUUUGCAGAGCCAUAAGGAGAAGUUUGCAUGUUAUGGCAACUCCAGUUUUCAUUAUCAACCUUAUAUGAGCAAUGCAGAAUGUGGUAAUAGUUGUUUUAAGCAGGACCCACCUGGAUAUAACCUGUACAACGAUCCGAACGCGAAUUUUAUGAAUAAUAUGAAAAUUAACGUAUUCAACAAUACGGCUUCUCAGAAUACAUCUAAUAGCACUUUUAACAACGUCGGGAUUUAUAGCAACAGCCAUAUCAAUUCUAUCAACAAGGAGUAUUACCUGAAGAAGGGAAACGACUACAGCAAUGAUGUUUUCAUAAAAUACUAUGAGCAGUAUGCAAAUAAGGAAAAUGAUAGAAACGAGGCAAAGAAAUUUAAUUACACAGAUUGCUACGAUUUUAAAAAUACCCUUCUUAAUGGACUAAGUAGGGAAGACAGCUUUGGCUCCGAUGAUGAUCUAAAAAAUGAAGACAGUGAAAUGAACUUUCUGAAAGAUUCGUUAAACUCUUUUGAUAAUUUAGAAUCUACGGAGAAAAAAUAUGAAGAGAUAUUACGAGACUUUAACGGGAAAAUACCUCUACUACAUAAGGUGUUAAAACCCUUACCAGUAAAAAAUCGAUCGAACAACUUUGACAUUUGUCUGUACCUACUGCAGAAGCAUGGAGGAGAUCUAAACAAUGAAGAAAAUAUUUGCAUAUUAAGGGACAAAGAAAUUGUUCAACAUAGUGCCAUUUAUGAUGCUAAAAAAGGGUGCAUAAAAAGUAAUAUAACAAAUGUGACGAAUAUAAAAUUGUACCACCCUAAGUGGCAUAACAAGAAGAAAAUAGUAGAACGGUUGAAAGAACAGAGUUGUUUUAAUCCCUUCACGAUAUUUGGAUCUGCUCCGAGUUUGCUCGAUUUUGAUGAAGUGUUUGACAAAGAUGUGUAUAACAAAUUCGUUUCAAGGAACAGCCGUAAAUCUCAUUCUCUGCUACGGAUACUAGCAAAACAGAAAGUGAUUAACAACCUUAAUGACAAAAUAACGGAUAAGGAAUGGCCACAAGUACAUGCAUAUUUAAAAAAAAGGUGGAGUAAAGAAACAAACAUUGAACUGAACUGGGCAUGCGACCCUUUACUGUAUGAAGAACUGGAGUGGUAUUUAAGCACAAAUAAUGAAUACCUAAACAUGACUGAUAAGGUUGCGGAUAUUGAGGUUUGCUACUGCCCCACUUUGGAUCCUAGUUCGUAUUAUGCAUGGAACGACUCCAGGGUUAUAUACACGAACUUGUGCUACAACAAAUCGAAGGAAGAUGCUGAUCUGAUGGGCCAUUCUGUGAAGGACAAGUACGCGGGGAAUAGGAACGCUGAACUGAAAAAUAAGGAUAAGCAGGUCUCCUUCAGAAAGAGGGCAAGCGGGUGUGAGCACCUCAUGUUUCAGCAGAACCUGAUGAAACAGAAGAAGUUAUCCAAAAGGAAGAAAAAACUCUUAAAAAAGAAAAAAAAAAUGCUCAAGGAGAAAAAUCAAUUAUUGAGGGAGCAAAGUAGACGGUUUGCCGCGAACAACGAUGGGGACGGCGUAGAUGCAGAAGCUGUAGAUGUGGAAAGGGCAGACGCAGUGGACGCUCCAUCGUCGGGGGGUUUCUACAUGGAAACAAAAGAGGGACCUGAAAAUGACUACAAACAUGUGUAUUCCUCUCAGCAUAAUAAUACGAAUUUUUCAAAUGACCCGUGCAUGAGGAUGAGAAUCAACAUGGACAUGGGCAUGCGUAUGAGCGCAUUGAAAAGUAAGAAGAAGCACAACCAUGAUAGCGCCUAUUAUCCCAACAUUUUUUCCACCAAGAAGAAGAAGAGUGUCUACUAUAACAAAAAUUACGACGAAGAUGUCAUACCGAUUAUGACGGUCAAUACGUCUUUGUACAGGCACAAUAUGGACAACAAAUACAACUGCAGUAACACAGCAUUUGAUUACAUUAAGAAUAAGGAUAACACCAUUAAAUUUUUUGCCUCUCCGAAGAAAACAAGAAAGAAUAAUUCAGUUAAAAAAUCUGUUAACAAUUCAGAUAGUUUCUAUUUCUUAAAUUCCUCCAUGAUUAAUUCGGACAACAUUUACAACAACAAUUUGAACAGCUUUGAUUCUAAGGAUUCGGGGGAUGGUAAUGAUUGCACAUCUGUUUUUCACAAGGAUACAUUUGAUGCUUCAGAUGAUAAGAUGAAAACUAUAAACCAAAUAGACACAAGGAAUAAUCCCAUGGGUGGCAUGCAAAUGGACAAUUUUGACAAUCCCUCGGAGAACUUGUGCGAAAAUUUGCGAAUGAACGAACAAACCAGUUACAUCAGUAAUAACAAUAUAUACGAAUUUGGUGGAACAAAAAAUGCGUAUGACUUUAGAAAGAAUGACAAUGAUGGGAAUGGAAAUAGCGGUGGCAUGGGGUACAUGAUGACAAGGGAUAAUGAAAACUUCUCUAGCAAAGGUGGAAGUUUUUGCUACAGAGGGGGAGGACCUACUAAUGACUCCAUGCAACCGUUUCACAUGAGCAUGACGGACAAGUAUGGAAACGCAAAUAACAAUGUGAAUAUGAACAUAUUUAGCAAUAUUCGAAUGUACGAGCAGAAUUUUAACAAGAACGGGGGGGAUCAUGGUGACAGCAGGAAUAGCCUCAGUAGAGAUUUCGACAUGGACAACCAUGGCGGUAGCUGCAUGGGAAAGGGACCCUUCACCAAGAGUAGCUUCGUGGAUAGAAACUAUUACGAUAUGGAGCAAACGAGUUUUUCCUCGAACAAGUUUGGCCAUUUUUCAACCAGGGAGAUGGCCAAAAGUGAAUUGCAGUAUAACAGCAUUUUCCGCACCGAUUUGUCCAAGCCGAACUUUGCGGAACAAAAUCAAAGUGAAAACCAAAAGGAAACAAAAUUCCCCAUUAAGGAGUUAAGUGAAAGGUACCCCAGCAAAUGCAAGGAAACAAACGCAGAAUACAGUGACAACCGUGCAGACAAUGGCAGCGGAAACCGCCACAACAACCGCAAUGACGAUACAGUCAGUGGGGACAACUGCAACUAUUUCGAGUGCAAGUAUGGAAACAGCUCAAACAAACAUGCUAAUGGAAAAAACAGCCAAAUGAUAGCAGACUAUUUUCUCAGCAAGAAUGCUGAAAAUUACGACUCGACGGAAAAAAAAAUAAUAAUAAAUGAGCAGUAUGGCACUGGCGAAUCCCACAAAAGUAUGAACAACGCAAAGGCAGACAUGAACGCCCUAAAGAUUACGAAACAAAAUAUUGACAAAAAAUAUGUUUUAGAAAAAAAAAUUAAAAGCAGCAUGUCAUUUUAUACAAAGAAGAAAGACGCAGAUAAUUCGACAGGAACUUUUAAUUCGAAAAGGUUAAGCAAUAGCAACAUUAUUGUUAACGAAAAUAGAAAAAUUAGAAAAUACACCAAUAAGAUGUGUCAGGAUGAUAACACAUCUUUUGAGCAUUCAGAAAAUGGCAAAGGACAGGGUAAUAAGAAAGGAAGUGCAGAAUCUCCUUCAAGCAGAACCAGCGAAACUUCGAUGUCUAGCGCUUUCAAAAUGGCUACCUCUGUUUUUAAAAAAUUAUUCUAG